AUGGCUCUGCAGGAGGCUGAGGUCUGGUUCCAGAACCGCCGAGCCAAGUGGAGGCGGCAGGAGAAGAUGGAGGCCAGCUCCAUGAAGCUCCAUGACACCCCCAUGCUGUCCUUCAACCGGCCGCCCAUGACGGCCAACGUGGGGCCCAUGAGCAACUCCCUCCCACUCGACCCGUGGCUGACGUCGCCCAUCUCCAGUGCCACCCCUGUGCACAGCAUCCCCGGCUUCAUGGGAGCCCCGCAGGCCCUGCAGCCCCCCUACGGAGGGCACUCCUUCCUCAACACCCCCCCGGCCAUGGCUCAGGGCAUGCAGCCCAUGGCCCCCGCGCCCUACCAGUGCGGCACCCCCUUUGUGGACAAGUACCCGCUGGAGGACGUCGACCAGAGGAGCUCCAGCAUCGCCUCGCUCCGCAUGAAAGCCAAGGAGCACAUUCAGACCAUCGACAAGACCUGGCAGCCCAUUUGA